GUGAGUGAGAGAGGGGAGGGAGAGAGAGAGAGAGGGACACGUAACAUUGAAUUUCACCUUCAACGCUGCUGCACAUGAAGAAGGGAAACGACUGCUAGCCUCGCGAUUUCGCACGGACAUAAGCACUGUGGUGGUUGUUGUUGUUGCUGCAGUAGUAGUCAUCAGCUAUACCUGGUGUGUGUUCUCAUAAUAACGAUCAUCAUCAUCACCAUCGUCGCUUCUACGACCCAUCGUUGUGUUCAUGUUGCAUCAUUGCGAUUGAACGAUUGCGCGCAAGGUAGCAGGGAGGUGGCCCGAUCUGUUGUUGUUGUUGUUGAUCAUUUGCAUGUGGUCAUUGUUGUGUUGUAUUUACUGAAAGUGUGGUGGUAGUCGAAGUAAUGAUGCGUUAUCGCUGGUAGGAGAUCGGGUCUCUAGGUGGAUUUAAGAAAGAGGUCCCAGGUUCAUGGCAUCUGCAGUCGAUAUAGUCGAGUGUAAAGAGGGCUCACUAACAACAACAACAACGACGCCAAACUAAUCACAUCUCUCUCAUCUCUCGCUUCUUUUUUAUUAAAAUAGAUACAUUUACUUUCCGCUGGUUAUGGUUUGGGUGAUGUGCUAGCAACAUUUUGACGGUCGCAAAUAAAUAAUUGAUGAAGUACUGGGAUGGUGGAGAGGAGUGCGCUUGACCAAGCGUAGAAGAAACAAUCGUCUUUGGGUAGAUUUGUGGCGGGGUUUCUUUUUGUUUUGGAAUAAAUACUUGUUAAAAAAAUACAUUUUGGUGACUUUUAAACGGGGAGAUCGUCGUCUGGAAGUCCAUCGCAGUCGCUGCGAUCAAGCGACGAAGAAGAUUGAACAAGAGUGAGGAGGUCGGGCAAAGAAGCGUUUCCGAGGCAACAGAGCGGCGGACAUUUUCGUCGUCGCCCGCACACCCACGGAGGCGACCGGAAGAUGGGGCGGAAAAAGAUACAGAUCGCCCGGAUAACGGACGAGCGCAACCGACAGGUGACGUUCACGAAGCGCAAGUUCGGGCUGAUGAAGAAGGCCUACGAGCUGAGCGUGCUGUGCGACUGCGAGAUCGCGCUGAUCAUCUUCAACAGCGCCAACAAGCUCUUCCAGUAUGCGAGCACCGACAUGGACAAGGUGCUGCUCAAGUACACCGAGUACAACGAGCCGCACGAGAGCCGCACCAACUCCGACAUUAUCGAGACCUUGAAAAAAAAGGGGCUGAACGGCUUUGAUAGCCCGGACUCUGACCCGGAAGACAAUCUCGGCGGCAACCCGCACGCGGAGGAGAAAUACCGCAAAAUCAACGAGGAUUUCGAUAACAUGAUGCGGAAUCAGAGACUGUGUGCUCUAAAUCGGAAGGAGCAGCGAGGCGGGGAAGACAGUCCCGAGCCCGACGUCUCUUAUGUUUUAACCCCGCGCACGGAGGAAAAGUAUAAAAAAAUUGACGAGGAGUUCGAUAAUAUGAUGCGGAAUCACAGGUUGGCGCCCUCGAGCGUGCCGCCAGGCACAGGCAGUUUCCAGCUGCCGGUGGCCGUGCCGCUGUCGAACCCCGGCAACACGCUGGUGUACGGCAGCCCCGGGGGCACGCUGGCACAGCACGGGGGCCCCAUGCUGCCGCCCCCGCAGGCCGUCAGCCUGCAGAGGAACACCGUGUCUCCCGGUGUUCAGCAGCGCCCGCCCAGCGCCGGCAACCCUGGAGGCAUGCUGGGGGCAGAACUCGUCUCAGGCUCUGGUGCAGGCGCCAGUCCCAUAGGUAACGGAUACGCAGCUGCGGUGGCAGCCUCGCGGGCAUCGCCGGUGCUCAUGGGGUCCCCGGGAUCGGGCUCCGGUUCCGGAGGGAUGAGCCGAUCCAUGGCCGCAAAGUCUCCACCGCCGCCCUCACAGGGACAAGCUGGAGGACAGCAGCAGCAACAGCAGCAACAGCAGCAACAGCAGCAGCAGCAACAGCAGCAGCAACAGCAACAACAACAGCAGCAGCAGCAGCGCAAUAAGCCAGACCUGCGUGUUGUCAUCCCGUCUAACAGCAAGGGCAUGAUGCCCACUCUGACGGACGAGGAUCUCAUGGAACUGGUGAGUAUGCAGAACCAGCGACUGAACAGCUCACAGGUGACCCAGUCCCUGGCCACUCCGGUGGUUUCCGUAGCAACGCCCAGCAUACCUCCACAGGCGCUCUCGGGGUAUCCGUCCGCCAUGCCCACGGCCUACAACACAGACUACUCCCUCGCAGAGCUGACCGCUCUGACGGGUCUCAACUCGCCUGGCACCCUCCACCUGGGCUCCGUCACGUGGCAGCAGCAGCAGCUGCACAACAUCCCACAGAGCAUGCUCAACCAGCUCCUGAUGAACCCGAGCAGCGGAGGGCUGACGGUGAACACCAACAUGAGCGUGAGCGUCAAGUCGGAGCCCGUGUCGCCCCCCAAGGGCGGCGUCGUCUCGUCGGCCAUGUUCCUGGUGGCGGGCGGCGCGCAGGGAGGCAGCGGCGGCGGUCCCGGCGACCCCACAGGCGCCACGUCGCGAUCCCCGGGGCCCGGCGCCACCGGCGACAGCCUCAGCAGCUCGGGCAGCUCGUACGACGGGGGCAGCGACCGCGAGGAUCUCCGCAACGUCGGCGGUGGGGGCGGCGGCGGCGGUGGGGAGUUCAUGGGCUCUCACCACCCUGGGCACCACGCGGGGCACCACGGCGUUGGCAUGCUGCGCUCAUCGCCGGACCCCGGAGAUGCGCAGGCCGCCAAGCGCCUGCGCAUAGACGGAUGGCCGCCGCGAUAAGGAGCGGCGACGCGCGGGCGACGCGCGCCGAUAGUCCGAUGAAAGGAAACUAAAUAAUUAUAUAUACGUACACACACACACAUAUAUAUGAGGUUAAGGAGAGAAUACACUUUAGUAAAUUCGUCGUAAAUUUUUUUCUUUCGUUUUGAAAACUCGCCAUUUCAACGCUUUUUUUCCUUCCUACACCUACCCCCCCCCUUCCCCCCCAGGGUUUGUUGAGAUGAAAAUUACGCAGUACAAAUUCGCCAGUAUUUAGAGGUGUUCUGUGGUCUCCAGUUUUUUUGUUGUUGAUGGAACACUUUAGUGCUUUGCAACGCUUGUACUGUGUAAUUUUUGUUCAUGACAUGAACAUCGAAUUCCUUCAGCUCUCGGUGCUUUUUUUUCUGAAGCUUUUUGUGAGCACACAUCCGCGAAACACGAUCUUAAAUUACUGUUAACCUCAUCGACUCUUAAUCAUAUCUCUCUUUUUGACCGAUGUUUAUAAACGAUUGGCAUUGUCGCUUUUUUUUAUUUAAAAGAACACCUUCUUACACGCAAAACAUUUUGCACGUCAUAUCUGGGCCGGACUGCGCGUCAAGAACACGUAGAACAAAACACUUCUUCAUGGUUCUUUCGGUGAAGUCACGGAGAAUGGAAAUAAUAAAAUAAUAAAAAAUACAAACUAAUAAAAUAAUUCUCACGACGUUUCGGCCACAACGCAAGCAGCCGUCCUCAGGUGGAGAGCUGGUCUGUCGAGGAGACAGAGUCUGUUAUGUUUUAGUUUUAUUAUUUUAUUAUUUCCCUUCUACGUGACUUUACCAAAAGACCCAAGAAGAUGAAUCCCUGCAGUCACGAAAGCUUUAAAUCGAAACAAAACACUUUGCAAGUUUCAGAAAAUAAAGCUGCUCGGCUGUCGAAACGUAAUUCAACCGCCUCUCCCGAUCCCAACACAAGUGAAUUUUAUUUUCCGUGGCAGGAUUAUCUCGAAACUGCCUCCUCGCGAUAUUGUCAAUCAGUACCGAUUGCACUUUUCUCGCCACUCUGGGCGUGCGGUCAUCCCUGGCCCUGCCGUGCCGACAGUUCGCCCCACUUCCCCCUUCCAUAGCCCCCCUCCGGCACAGGUGCCCAGCGUCUGCCCACUCUCCUUACCCCGCGAUAUAACGUAUCGUCCUCCCAAUGAUAUCGUCCUCCCAAUGACGGUGACGAUCAUGUUGUUGUUGAUGAUGAUGAUGACGACGGUGGUCACGCCUGUAUCUCAAUCAUGUUUUAGCGUUUUGUUUUUUUUGUCUGCGGUUGGUGUUUGGUGCAGUGCCACGGAGGUUUCUGGGUGAUCGUGACAAUUUAAAAAUGAUACCUUUGUCUGCGACAGCUUCGGCCGAAGCUGUUGCCUGUAGUGACGUCUUGCUUAUAGAUACUAAUAAUCGGAGCGGCGUCGAUAAAAUAGAUAAUAUUCUGGUAUCUUCCACGAUAUCGUCUACGAUAAUGUAGUCCCAACGCGAUUGUUGUCCAUUGCAGCUGUUAAGCGAAGCGGCUCCAGUAACACCUGCUGCUUACUGGUACACGCAAUAGAUUAGAUUCAGUACAAAAUAACCACAAGGAUUUCUUCAUUAUAUCCCCCCCCCCCGCCCCCGUUUACAGUCAUCCGUUAAUCGCGCCGAAAGGGAAGGUGCGGUUGUUAUUUUGACUGUGUGGGUCUGUGCAUUAAUGGAUGUUCAAAUUUGGCAGGGUCCUGCUGUACUUGCAGAGUUGGGGUUGUUUUUGUUCGUUUCGCUUUCGUCCGGUGCCCGCAGCACUUAACGCUCCGUAAGCUCUCAGCCAUAGCCAGCGCUGGCGGGGGGGGGGGGGACCCCCUCAACGCUCCGCGAGACGACACCGCUCGACUCCCCCGGCGCAGAUCGGAUUCACUCGGAUCGCAACGAACAAUGCGUCAGUUUUUACGAGUUUUAAGAAAUAUAUAUACGUGAAAUAAGUAAUACAACAGAAUUAACAAUGCACUACAAAUACGCCGUUGUACAGUUUUAGCUAAUGUAUUUCCUAAAAUAAACUGGGUUUUAUUUUAAUUUUUUGAAAAGAACUUGUUAUUGUAUCGGUUGUUUAUAGCGUCUGCCAAAGUGUCCAUUUACAUUUAGCAGUUGCUCGGAGCCAGGGAAGCUUCUCGUGCAGAGCCCAUCGGCUUGCGCGCACGACCCUGCGCCGAGAGCAGAUAGGGCAAAAGCAGCAUCGUGAUACGUCCACACCAUUCGCUCUCCCUCCGCUCUCUCUUUCCACGCUCUCUCCACCCUCUCUCUCUCUCCCUCCUGUCUCCUCCUCCACUCCACUUUCCAUCGUCGUCGAUCUCUCUGGAACCCGAGGAAGGUUUCCCGUGUGAGUUGUGUGAGUUGUGUGAGCUGCUUGUUGCUUUCUGGGAGCCUGACCCCUGUGUGACUGCUCUGACCUACGCUGGUCCCGUGCACAUUCAGUGGGUGGUGGGGGGGUUGGGUGGUGGGGGGGGCGCCAAGAGGGGACGGGGAGAUGGGGAGGGGGCACGCACGGGGGCGUUCUUGUGCGUGGGAGUUGUUGGGUUGGCAUGAAUACAAGCGUGGCCAGGGUUAGCCAUGCUGCUGCUAUUAGGAUGCUUUAUUUCUUCUUGUUUAACGUCUAAUCAAACAUCCCUUAUCCCAAUCUCUUGCGUCCAUCUAGGGGUUCUUUUUGCCCUUCUCCGACUUGCUCUCGUAUUUCCCACGUUUGGGUUAAUGUUUUUUCUCUUUAUCCCUCCUCGUUUCGCCCCACCAGACUGCAAUGAGUUGACACUUAUAAUAUAUUAAACAAAUUUGGUGGGGGGGUGGUUUCCGUCGUUGGAAAAAUCUGGACAAAAUGGUUAUUUUUCUCAAGUGCUUGUGCCGUGCUCUGAAUUGAUCAAAUAUAACAGCUUUUGUCACGUUUAUUCUCCUGGGCUCGUUUUGCCCCAUAUACAUACAUACGUACGGUAACGUCACAGCUUAUAUAAUCAAACGUGCAUAUUAUAAGUUACAAUAUAUUGGCGAAAAAUGCAGUUGGAUGUGUAGAAGUUGUUCCACGCAUGUAGAUUUACAGUUUUUGGCAGCGGUUCAUGCAGAAAAAGUUCACUUUUGAUUUCUCUAUUUUGGUUUUUCUUGUCCAAUUUUGCCUGCAUUACUUCGCGAGGCGGCGAGCGUCGUGACAUCACGUGGUGGGGCGGCAGUGCGACACUUUCAUCUGAAAUCCCGCGGAGUUUAUUCGCGACAAUGCGGUGAAAAACAACUGGUAUCUUUUUUUUUACGUGUUAUCAACUGUACCAGCGGCUUUGUCAUCUCGUGUACUAAUACAAUUUACUUUAAAUACCCUUUCUCUUUUAGUUGCUUAUACUUUGCUUGUUUGAUUUAACAAAAAAAAACGACGCAAAAAAAACAGAUUUAAUUUAUUUAAUGAAUGGGUUUUUUCCCCUUUUCUUCUGUAGAAUCUGCAUGGGAUGUUUGUAAGAUAGGAGCUUGCAUUGGAUUGGACUGAUGUAUUAGUUAAUAUAGCUAAUAUAUAUUAUUAUAUAUUGUGUUGUAUUAAGGUUCAGAAUUUGGUUAACCUCUUUGAAAUGUUUUUAAUGGAAAUUAAAAAAAAAACCUCAGUGAAAGAUAAAGUGCAUCUAUUUUCGUAAAUAUCGAUGGGAGACACAAAAAAAAGUUGUAUUCUAAAGUAAAAUUAUGUGUGUAGUCUGCUUUUAAUGAUUUUACUGAAGCCAAAGUGUUUCAAAAGUGUUUUAAUUUGUAUUUGUUGGCACAGUAAUUUUACGUUAUACUGUAUUUUGAAGGUUUAUCCUAAAUAAGCCAUGAAAUCUCGUUUCCUUUUGUGAUGGUUUUUUUUGCUUUCUAAAGAAAAAAAUCCUACAGAGCAGAGGUAUACGUCUGUACAAAAACAAAAAAAAACAAUAUCUGCCUGUGUAUAGCAACUUGAAAUAUUUGCCUGUUUUUUGUGGGUUUUUUUUCCUUUCGUUUCUGCCGUAUUGUUACUAAAAACACAACAAAAACAACAAAAAAAGGAAAAAAAAUUAUAUAUUUUGUGCGGUCACUAUGAAGCUACUCUGUAAAACACCUUUGUACCGACUGUUGACGAGUCCUCUUAGCUCCAGUGUACAGUAUAUUGAUGUUCAACUCGCUUAUAAGACAGCACAAGACUGUCCUUUUCAAUGUCUUUGUAUAAAAAAAAAGUUUAAAAAAUAAAGAAUACACAUCAUAUUAUAGUUAA